GUUACGGCAGACAUAACCUACGAGAACGUGUUCGUGCAAGAUGACCGCUACACUCUUUCUGGUGGCCAGAAGAAAAAUGUGUAUUCCGGGGCCUUGGAGCCCAACCAGCCCCAGACGGAGCAAUUCCACUUUUACCGCUCACCGAAGAGUGAGAUCUAUGUAGACUUCAUUGGCACACUCCUCAAGGAGGCCGACUUCAUCAAUGGCCGGGUGGUGUUCGACAAUGGCAUGAACCUGAAGUUGGUGUGGGUACGGGGAGGCAAUGUCACGCCUGAACAGCAGGACAUGGGCCCAGUCUCGGUUGUCGUUGCCCAUGUAGUCAAUGUAGUUGCCGACAAUGCCACUGGCGCCGACAAUUCUCCCGCGGGAGCGGUAGUACCUCCGACAACGGUGGUGGCAGCAUGA